GUCCCUCCCAUAACACAAAACACCAUUCAGCAGCAUGUCAACACACUCUCAUGUUGAGAAGAAGAAGAAACAGUUAAAGGAAUCGGACAAUCUAUUUUCUGGACAUAAAGAUCUUGGGCUUCAGCAAGACCAACUCUGAAGUGAACUGCUUAUUAUAACCAAAUAUAGAAAUGGGAAGAAUACAUAUCUGCGUAAAACGGACGUUAAUUUUCGUCUGUGUCUUGAUCUGUAUCAUCAGCACCCUCUUGCUGGCCAUCACAUUAUUUGGACAUGGGUACUUCCACCAAUCAGAAGAAAUAGAGGAUAUUCUGCCUGGGAUAGUAGUUAUGUAUGUCCUAGAAGCAGCAACCCUGGUCCUGUCAAUCUUUGGGGUCUAUGGCGCUCGGAAGGAGAAGAAAUGGGCUCUGGUUCUGUUUUCUGUAGGUAUGUCACUGGCCAGCCUAUACCUGUUUGUGGAGUGCGUGAACGCAUAUCAUUCCAAACACGAGAUGGAGGAGUUAACCAGAGAGGAACAUCUAGCGAUGAUGCCUCUGAGUGGAGCGAAACAAACUGAUAUAGAAACGAUAUACAACAUACAGACUAACUUAAAAUGCUGUGGGCUCGUACAAGGCUACCAAGACUGGGGCACAGACAUCCCCCUCUCCUGUCUCUGUUCUGAUGAGGACUCAACAGACUUUAAAUGUGUUGCUCCUGGUAACAAUACAAGAUUUGUUAUUCACUAUCCCAACAGUGAUAUGUCUGAGGAUGAUGACCACAAGGGAUUAAUGGAUGAACACAUGCUGGUAUAUGAAAAGCCAUGUCUUCCCAUCCUGAUCUCUGUCGAGAGCUAUGCAAUCAGCCUGGGAAUAGGAACAUUAGUAGCACUGACAGCAUUAUGGGUUUUGAGUGUAGGCCUAUUAGACUGAACCAUCAUCUCUUACACUCAGCAUCUGGUCACCUGCUCCGUCAAUCCUGACUGAACCGUUACUGUGUGUCUGGUCCUCAGGAUGUUGGAGUUGUCCUGGCCAUCACAAUACUCUGCCAGAUGAGAAGAAAGGUUGAUGUGCCACCUGUGAUCUUCACCUUUCAACCACCUCAAUACAGAGAGCUGUGUGACACAGCAGAGAGUGUCUGACAUGAAAUGGUCCUCUUAUGAAGGAUACUCAAUGCACUAGCCUGAGUGCCAGUCUGUUUGUGCCAUCAUGACAACUCCGGUCACUCAUUUGUGUCAAGCCAAACAUGACAAUGGGUGACAAAGAGUUGGCUUGGCAAUGACAGCAAUGGAGUUGUCAUUGGCCAGACCACAAACAUAUCUGGGAUCAGGCUAGCAAUGCAUCCAUAUUUUGUACAUACUCAUAACACACAUGAAAGGACAACUCAGGACAUUAUUAGACAUUAGACAUCUCUACUGUGUUGUCCAAAGUAUUACUGUUCAACUGAUUAACCAUUUAACCAUUGUAGUGCCUCAGUGUUGGUUACAGUGUCUUGAAUAAAGGGACAAGCAUCUUUU